AAGGCACUCUUCAGGAAGCCCUCAAAACUGUUAUUGUAGCGAACUUUGAGGCGAAGUUCUUAAAUACUAGCUUUCCUGACUAACUUUGAUUUUUCACAAUAUGGACGGAAAAAUGUAAGAGUCGCUGGUGGUUUCUUUUAAAAAAUAAUCUGCAAAAGAAGAAUCUAGAGGCUGAAAACCGUAGAACAACUUUGAAGAUAAAAUCUAUUUGCCGUCUGGUUGCAGAGCAUUUGAAGAUUGAAGCAUUUUCUGUUUUCUUCCACAAGGUUGCAGAGCAUUUCAAGAUUGAAGCAUUUUCCGUUUUCUAGCGCAAGGCUGGAGAGCCUUUCAAGACUGAAGCAUUUCCUGUUUUCUGCUACAAGUCUGCAGAACAUUUUCAAGACUGAAGCUUUAAAUAGUUACGGUUCAGGGCAGCAGGGUAGAUUGAUUCUUUAAAUAGUUAUUUUGGUGCUCACUAGUUUAAAGCAUGGCCUCAAAGCCCUUGGACUAUGAAAAUAUCAAUGAGAAUGUGAAGAACUGUGCAUAUGCUGUCAGAGGGGAGCUCUUUCUGCGGGCUUCCCAACUUGAGAGGGAAGGGAAAAAGAUCAUUUUUACAAAUGUUGGCAAUCCUCAUCAAAUGGGUCAAAAGCCUUUAACGUUCCCACGCCAGGUUUUGGCACUGUGUCAAGCUCCAUUUCUGAUGGAGAAUGCUCAUGUUGGAAUUAUGUUCCCAGAUGAUGCGAUUGCAAGAGCCAAGCAUUAUCUUGCAAUGACGUCAGGUGGUGUUGGUGCCUAUACUGAUUCAAGGGGUCUUCCAGGGAUACGAAAGGAAGUCGCUCAAUUUAUUGAAAUCCGUGAUGGAUAUCCAAGCAAUCCGGAUCUUAUCUUCCUCACAGAUGGUGCUACUAAAGGAAUCAUGCAGACUCUUGGUACUAUCAUCCGCAAUAAAAAUGAUGGGAUUGUAGUUCCAGUUCCCCAGUAUCCACUUUAUUCAGCAACAAUCUCACUAUCUGGUGGUACCUUUAUUCCAUAUUACCUGGAAGAGUCCGCAAACUGGGGUCUUGACAUUGAUCAUAUUAGACAGUCAAUAUUGGAUGCUCGUCAAAAAGGAAUAACUGUUCGAGCCAUGGUGAUUAUAAAUCCAGGAAAUCCAACUGGUCAGUGUCUAAGCUAUGCCAAUAUUAAGGAACUGAUCGAAUUUUGUUACCAAGAGAAUCUGGUGGUAUUAGCAGAUGAAGUCUAUCAACAAAAUAUUUAUCAGGAUGAGCGGCCAUUCAUAAGUGCAAAGAAGGUAUUGAUGGAUAUGGGCUUACCUUACAGCAAAGAUGUUCAACUUUUUUCAUUUCAUACUGUGUCAAAAGGAUUCUGGGGUGAGUGUGGGCAACGUGCGGGAUAUUUUGAAAUGACAAAUAUUCCUCCAAAGAUAGUUGAUGAGAUAUACAAGGUGGCAUCAAUAUCAUUAAGUCCUAAUGUACCGGGGCAAGUACUGCUAGGAUUGAUGGUUAACCCACCAAAGCCUGGCGAUAUCUCAUAUGCACAAUUUAUUUCAGAAAGCAAAGGAAUACUUGAGUCAAUGAGAAGAAGAGCCCACGUAAUAACUGAUGGAUUUAAUAGUUGUCAGAACGUGCAGUGCAAUUUCACUGAAGGGGCUAUGUAUUCAUUCCCACAAUUAAAGUUACCACCCAAAGCUAUAGAAGCUGCAAAAGAAGCUGGAAAAGCUCCAGAUGUAUUUUACUGUCUCAAUUUACUAGAUGCCACAGGAAUUUCUACUGUGCCUGGAUCAGGAUUUGGUCAAAAGGAAGGGGUUUUCCAUUUGAGAACAACAAUUUUACCGGCUGAAGAAGAUAUUUCUGAAGUAAUGGCCAGUUUUAAGAAAUUUAAUGAUGACUUCAUGGCAAAAUAUGAAGCUUAGAGUUUGCGUAACAUGUUCUCAUUGUUUUCUACAAUUUCUUCCAUUAAGUUAUUACAAAUUAUCUUUAACGCCAAAAGCUUAUGGCAUUCUGGUAAAUUUUCUGAGAAACAUUUAUAAGUGGAGCUAUAAUUGUUAUUUGAUUCUUUAUAUAUCGGGGAAUAUUCUUAACCAUUA